CCACAGUUAGCAGGUGGUGACGCACACAACAGUAAGCAGAGUCAGAAAUGACUAAAAACUGAGACAGGGAAUGGAGCUGCUGCACCUUGGUUUCGCCUGGGUGGCUCUCUUGGACUCUGUGUUUGUCUUCUAUUUUUGGCUUGGCACUGCUGUAAUAGGGAUAAUCAGUUACUGCACUUUGUUGGCUAUGAAAUUACCGACCAUUUUCUUAGACUUCCACAUCAGCUCCCGGGCAAGAGUUGGAUAAUUACUUUAAGGCUCUCUGUUUUCAAAUCCAGAAUGAAGUUUGGGGUUGAUUUUUCUUUUGCUCUUGAAAAAAAUGUUGGAAAAUCUAUUUUUUCAAUGCAUUCAAAAGCUUGAAAAGAAGCUCACAUCACUAAAUACAUAAUACACAUUACAUGAUAGCUUGAAUGAGAUUUUACAGUGUUUUCUAAAACUAGUUUUUAUUUAGAAUUAAAACACAUCCAGAUUUUUCUAACGUUCCUGCUCCUGGGUUUUCUGUCUAGAUUUCUAAAAGUCUAAAUGAAAUUUAUCUCACUCCAUGAUAGAGGUAGCCCUGAAAAAUGAAGUGGAAAUGUCUCUCUCUAUUUGGCAUCCAACCAUAUAACCAGCUAGUUAUUGGUUGAUACCGUCUUUGUCCUCCCUUAUAAUUUAUUAUUUUCAAGUAUCUUAUAUGCUCCUAGGAGAAAGGGUCCAUGGUGUAGACUGACUUUGUACAGGACUCUGGUAUGUGCUUUAACAUCCUCACAUUUUCAAGUUGGAAAUAACACUAGAACUAGUAGCUAAAACCACCUCCUUCUAAUCAUUUCACAAGUGAGGCAAUAAAGCUUUAAAAUAAAGUGCCUCCCCACACAUUUGAAAUAGAAUUCCAUUUACAGAAAUUAAUUUACAUUUUUCAGGAACAUGGUUAUUGUGUAAAAAGCUGUCCAUGCGGGCCACAUGUAUAUAAAGCAAAGCCAGUGGGCUUGGGAGUCAGACAAACGGGUUCAAGUUCCCGCCUGACUCUCAAAGAGCAUUGCUUGAUGGAAUACUUUACAAGGGGGGUGAUACCUCCUCAUGGAGUAGUGGGUAAGAUGAAGCGAUAGAAAUGGCGCGUAGCUUUGGCAUACAGAAGGUGCUCAAAAAUAUGAGUUUCUUCUUAAAUGUCCCUUCCCCAUUAAAAAUCCAUUUACUUGAAUAAGAAAUCAGCUUAAACUUUAUAACAGUAGUAUUGGGGACAUUUUGAGGGGUGCUUAUAUUAAAUAAAAAACGUAUUGUCGGGCAAGAGUUUUUGCUGCGUUACAGUUCACUCUAUGUGAAAACCAGAGGCUUCACUGGUGGAGGAGAACCGAGUCUUCCUUCUGUAGUGUCUUGGUUCCCCAGCCUGGACCCAGUGUGCGGCAGAAGCAGCGCAAGGGAGCAUCGCGUGUCCGUUUCCUAAAUCUGUGGAAGUUCCAAAGGCUGAUACCUGUGGGAGCUUCCCAGGAUGACAGACAGGUCUUGGUGCAUUCACUCCUUCCAGUUUCUGAAGCUCAAGAGGCAGAUCCCUUUAACUCAGUAACUAGCCAUUUCCUUUGGAUGAAACUCUUCAGCAGUGUAUCUGGAGUAGAGCAGAAAAAAUAUUAUGCCUGUGUUCCCUUGGGACUCAUUGGACAUUGCACAGUGACAUCUGGGAUUUAGUCUGGAGUGUGCCGCCUCGUGCCUAAAAUGGAAGUCGAUGUUAAUGGAGAGUCCAGAAGUACCCUGGCCACGCUGCCCUUGCCUGUGGCCGAGGCGAGCUCCCCGGGCAAGGCGGAAGCAGAGAAGCCCCGCUGCUCCAGCACGCCGUGCUCGCCCAUGCGCCGAACUGUGUCGGGCUACCAGAUUCUCCACAUGGACUCUAACUAUUUGGUUGGCUUCACAACUGGUGAGGAACUCCUGAAGUUAGCCCAGAAGUGCACGGGAGGUGAAGAGAGUAAGGGAGAAGCUGUGCCUUCCUUGCGCUCCAAGCAGCUGGACGCAGGACUUGCGCGUUCCUCCCGUUUGUAUAAAACCAGAAGUCGGUACUACCAGCCAUACGAGAUCCCGGCUGUCAAUGGCAGGAGGCGAAGGCGGAUGCCCAGCUCAGGAGACAAGUGCACUAAAUCUUUACCCUAUGAACCUUACAAGGCCCUCCAUGGGCCUCUGCCUCUUUGUCUUCUUAAAGGUAAGAGGGCUCACUCCAAAUCUCUGGACUACCUCAAUCUAGAUAAAAUGAACAUCAAGGAGCCAGCUGACACAGAAGUGCUCCAGUACCAGCUUCAACACCUCACCCUCAGAGGGGACCGUGUGUUUGCCAGGAAUAAUACAUGAGUGACGUGCAGAGAGUGUAAACCAGUUUAGGUCAGCCUCCGCUUGGCCGGAAAAACCCACUGUUGUUCUCUGUACAGGACUCUUCACAUUAUAGAUGGUUAUAUCAGCUAAGUGUUCCUGGCACAUAAAAAUUGUUUGGAUCAAAUUUGAAUACAGGAAUGAAAUCACAGGUACUUGGGGGGAAAUCAUUCUAGAGCACGCAACUGCAAAGAAAACAGAAUGUUGGCCAUUAGUUUGUAUGGCUUUUUAGCUAGGAAGAAAAGGCUUUGGUACAGUCACGCCGUCUUUAUGAUUCCAACACUCAAACUGGGAAUGUUAUCUGCUUGGUUGUUGCUGACUUGGUAUGAUUCAUUAGAAAUUUAUAUCUUUAAGUACUCAAGUACUUCUUUAAUCUCUGUAUUUUACUAUAAAAUGUAUGUACAAUGAUUUGUUUUAUGAAAUUUGAAACUUGAACAUUGCUGAAUUGGACCACUUUUUAUUUUUAAAUAUUGAGUUUAAAUAUUUUAUAACUGGUUUUGCACUGAAAAAAUUAACAUUUCAGAUUGACAAGAGAAUAAUCUUUCUUCACUUGCCUCAAUAAUACUAUUGAGCAAUGGAUUUUUUUAUUUCCGCAUGGAAAGUUAUUGAUCUCUAUGGCUGUACAAUAUUUCUUUAUAGCAUUAUUAAAGUGUGUCUUAAUACAAUUAAAUUUGGGAUACAAAGUAUUUAUUUUACAAUGGGUGGGGGGAAGCUUUUCCAGAAAGUUUCCAAUAUGAACUUUUCAUAAGUUAAAAAAAGUUUCCUUAGUGCUUACUUUCUAAGUUAAAAAUUCAUCUGGAACUUUAAAAUGGAAAGGAUUCUUUUAAUUGUGGAUGAUAGGCAUAAUACUGUUUGCAUCUGAAUGUUCUGUAAGUGAAUGAAACUUUAAUAGAAGGACUCAUGAUUUCUACUAUCGAAUGCUUAAACUAAGUAUGAAGUGAUACCAUUCAGCAUGGCAUCAAGUCAUUCCAGUUUUAGUUCUGUGCAACUCAAGCGCUCGUUGAAAUUCCAGUUUCUAGGAUUAGUGUAGGAGCCUAAAGUGCUUCUACGGUUUUAAUGGGUUAAUCCUGGAUUACCUAACAAUUUAUGUCAAUUGCACUGGUUUAAUUUGUUGCUAAAGGAGUAACGCCCUGGCUUUAGUAACAAAUACAGCUCAACUAUUCUUGAAUAUAUUUUGAGAAAAAUGUAUGUACCUUAACCUUUUGUAAAAGUUUCUGUUUCUUUUUUUUCUUUUUUGACUCUUGAAGGUGCAAUUUAUUACUGAAUUGGCAUCUCUGGCAGCAUAGAACUGCUGAUUUUAAAUUUUAGUUUGGCGGCUGUGAGUUUCUUAGGUGUUUGCAGUCUUGCUUAUAAAAUAAGAACACCUUUUAUUAAUGAGUGGGUCAUUCCUGGUGCAGGGAGGACUGACUUUCCUUUAGCCAGAAUGAAUGGCAAACUCUGUUUAGAGCAGAAUAAGUAUUAAGAAAACCCUAGGAACUCUUAAUCAACAUUUAUUAUACUUUCACUGAGGCAAACCAUGUGAAAGCACCUUGGGGAACUUGACCCAUAUCUUACUGAGUUGAUCAGAUUUCUUGGUGGGCUGGAAAUUUUCAGCUGUUGUAUAUUUUAAAGUAAAUUGCACCUUUGUAACAUAUUGUAUUGACGAAUGAUCACUAAGAUUAACUCUAUCUAUACAGUCAUUAGUUUGACAAGAAAUAGAAUCCUGUCAGAUGCCAAAGAGUUGGGAUUUUUACGUUUAAUGAUUAAAACACCGUUAUUUAUUGAUGAUUUACCCUGUGGAACUGUAUUAUUUCUAACUAUGAAAUAAAAGGGUGAUGUAAACACACA